AUGAUUUACGAAGGUCAAAGGAAAUCGCAUUACGAAGAAAAUGAAGCAGAAAAGAAACAGAACAUCGAUCUAAUUGACACGCUAAAGAAGGAAAUAAAGUUAAGAACAGAAGAGCUGAUACAAGCUCGUGCGGUGAUCGGAGACGAGGAGGCUCAGGUUAAGAAGUAUCUUAACGCCAUCUGUCCACUUAAUAAUAAAACUGCUGAUCAGAUAAUACAUAAUGUGGACUUAAAAGUCAUAGAACAGAGAAAGAUGUUAGAUCUUUUGAAGUACGAGAAACGGAGCAAAAAGAACAAACUCAAAGAUCUGGAGAAAGAAUAUGAAUUACUAUUGAUCGAGAGCACCAAAAGUGAUAUUGUAAAAUCUAAAUUAACUACAAAAGCUAAAAAGCACGUCUCACAUUUAGAGAAUGAAAUACACAAGGUACUUGUGCAAUGGACGGAAGCCGAAUUAGUCAAGAAGAAGUAUUCCUCUAUCAGACAAGCUCUCGUUGAAGACUCUGUCAAGUUUGAAAGCUCCCUCGGCCAUAUAGAAGAACUUUUGAAGAAACAACAGGAAGAAAUUAAUAAGAUCGAAUGUGUGCGCGCGGAGGCAGCAGAGACGCGCGUUCGCGCAGCAGCUGCAGCCGCAGAGGAGGCAGCACGCGCUCAUGCCGCGGAGCAUGGCCGUGCUGCCGAGCGCGCUUACUUCGCGCAUCGGUUCCAAGAGCGAAGACAGGAACUGGAGAAAUUAGAAAAGAGGAUAUUUCCUCCUCCUGUGCGACCAGUUAUUCACGAGGAGAUGAACGGUUCUGUGGAGGGCGACGUGGAGGAGGAGGCGUCCGCCGCGGCGCAGAUGGAAGAAAUAUUUCAAGGCUUAAUGAAGCUUACAGGAGUGUCAGAGCCGGAGGAGGUGCUGGUGCGGUUCCGUGCACAACGUGAGACAUGCCGGCGGCUGGGCUGGCUGCAGCGUGGUGCUGAGGAUGAGAAACUCCGUCUGGAGCAGGCGCACACUGCACUGCUCGCAGAACUAGAGGGCUUCAAAUUUGCCUCCGUAAAGGACAAAGACGAAGGUCAAGAUCUAAUAAACGAACUUAAAAGUGAAAUAGAAAAUGAACAGCGAAUUUAUUGUGAUGUACAAAAGAAGAUGGAAGAAGUUGACUCAUUCCUGUUGGAGAUAAAGAGAUUAUUAUAUGAUCUGUGCAAACUGCUCGACGUAAUUCCCGAGCCAAGUAUACCGGAAUGGACGGCAGAAGCGAGAGAUAUUCAUGAGAUAAUGGCUGUCCUCACAGCACGCUUUGAGAAAGCGCGCGCUCGUACUGAACUUAUUAAAGAGAAACGAACAGAUUAUACAACUAUUGUAGUGCCAUCUAACACGACCAGUGCAGCGCCAUCUGUCGCCGGACUGAGCGCGUACAGUCACAGUACGCCGAAAGAAUCUGAGAGAGCUAUACCAACAUACAAAGAGCUUUUGCAAAGAGAACCUGUUAAAGCACCAGUAUCUGAUGAGGAAGAGGAUAUUCCAUCUCGCUGCUACCUGAAGAGACAAGCACAACUUAUUGUAGACACUAAAUGCAGGAGGAAAGGAUUCCGACCGCCGUAUCCCAGGAAAUAA